UUUGUUGGAGGAUUCUUCUCUCUCUCUCUCUUUCUCUCUCUCUCUCUCUCUCUCUCUCUUUCUCUCUUCUUCUUAUCUCCCUCCAAAGACGGCGACUGUAAUCUUUCAUUUCUUCACAUUAACGCUUUCAUCGGAAGAUCUCGCCGGAAAAACCUUCUCUGAAAUCAGAUCUCUUACGAGUCCAAGCUCUAUCUCACCUUUUUCUUUGUUGUGUUGCUUUUUUCACUCUCUGCGAGACGAAUUUGGCGCUGUUAUUGUUCUGUGUUGAGAUUUGAAACCGUGGCUUAAGAAGGAGGAAGAAGAAGAAGAAGAUGGAAGCUAACGGGAGUGAGAACUUGACGAAUCAGAAUCCGAAUCUGGAAAGAGAGUUUAUUAGGAGACAUCAUAAUCAUGAGCUUGUUGAGAAUCAGUGUAGCUCUACGCUUGUUAAACAUAUCAACGCUCCUGUUCAUAUUGUGUGGUCACUUGUGAGAAGAUUUGAUCAGCCACAGAAGUAUAAACCAUUUAUCAGUAGGUGUGUGGUGAAAGGAAACAUGGAGAUUGGUACAGUAAGAGAAGUUGAUGUCAAAUCAGGUUUACCAGCUACUAGAAGCACUGAGAGAUUGGAGUUACUUGAUGAUAAUGAGCAUAUUCUCAGUAUCAGAAUCGUUGGUGGUGAUCACAGACUUAAGAACUAUUCUUCAAUCAUUUCUCUUCACCCUGAGACUAUAGAAGGAAGAAUAGGGACACUUGUGAUUGAGUCAUUUGUCGUUGAUGUACCAGAAGGAAACACAAAGGAUGAGACUUGUUACUUUGUUGAAGCUUUAAUCAAAUGCAAUCUUAAAUCUUUAGCUGAUAUCUCUGAACGUCUUGCGGUUCAAGACACCACAACAGAAUCCAUCAACAGAGUUUAAAGAUCUAAGGAGUAAGAAACUAUUGAAUCAGAGAGAUUUUGGUUGCCAUGGAUGAAGCUCUCAAAAGGGAAAAAGAGAGAGCGUGAGUGAGUCUCUUUGAGGAUGGACAAGGCAAAAAAAAUGUCAUCAUUUUACCAGUUACAUAAUAAGUUUCUCAUUUGCUAUUUUUGGGGUCAUUUCACUUUCAACCCUCUCUUUUUUUUUUUAUGUGUCUAAUUUAAUGAAUGUGUUUUUGGUUUCUUCUCUAUAGAACCAAAAUAUGAUUUUGGAGUUUGGCUUUAGCCACUUGCAGGAAUCUUUUACAAUUUGCAGAGACAUGUUAAAAGUGUGUGUGAUCAUGGGGUUCCACUCUCUUCUUCCUUUUUAA